CCUGGUGAAAAGCAUGAGCUUCUCAGAGCCCAGGAAGGGAAGAAGAGAUCUCACGUGGAGUGUUCUCACCCCCACCCCCCGCAUCUCCUUCCCUUACAAAAAGGGAAUGAAUGGUUCGACCCGUGUGUGGGGCGGGAUCGAAGGGAGUUCUGGAAAGGUAACAGAGCCUGACAGCGGGAGCAUGAACUCCAGCCGACCGGGCGAGGCGAUCAGCGACCCGGGCAAAACUGACACGGUCCGGUCUCUCCUCAAUUGUUGCAACGGGACGUGGCUGGUGAGCGAAGGACAGGGCAGCCCGGAUACCCUCAGGGUGGUACAGAUCGCCGUGCUCUGUGUCCUCUCGCUGACCGUGCUCUUCGGCAUCUUCUUCCUGGGCUGCAACCUCCUCAUCAAAUCGGAAAGUAUGCUGAACCUGCUUGUGAAGGAGCGCAGACCAUCGAAAGAGCUGGAGGUUAUCAUCAUUGACUGAGGAUGGAGUUGCGAGCAAACGAGCUUAGUUUUCACAAUCUCCUCCUUUUCUCCUGCCAAGGGAGGGUGAAAUAACAGCCAGGACUUUCCACAAGAAAGUUGGACCCUUCCCCAUUUUGGGGACAUUUAUGGGGAUAUGGGAGCUGGUUGACUUCAUGGACAACUGAAAGGUCUCUUGUUAUCGCCGUUUAA